AUGUUUUUGACCAGAAGUGAAUAUGAUCGUGGGGUCAGCACUUUUUCGCCGGAGGGAAGACUUUUCCAAGUCGAAUAUUCGUUAGAGGCCAUUAAAUUGGGUUCCACGGCCAUUGGUAUUGCAACAUCUGAAGGUGUUGUUCUGGGAGUUGAGAAAAGAGUCACUUCUCCUUUACUUGAAGGAGAUUCUAUCGAGAAAAUCGUGGAAAUUGAGCGUCACGUCGGUUGCGCGAUGAGUGGUUUAACAGCCGACGCUCGUUCCAUGAUUGAACACGCCCGUGUGUCGGCAGUCACUCACAACCUAUACUACGAUGAAAAUAUCAGCAUCGAGUCUCUGACGCAAUCGAUCUGUGACUUGGCUCUGAGGUUUGGUGAAGGUGCAUCUGGCGAAGAAAGAUUAAUGUCAAGACCCUUCGGUGUGGCGCUAUUGAUUGCUGGAUAUGACACCGAGCAAGGCUAUCAACUUUUCCACGCAGAGCCAUCGGGAACUUUUUAUAGAUACAAUGCCAAGGCCAUAGGUUCAGGGUCCGAGGGUGCACAAUCAGAACUUCAAAACGAGUGGCAUUCUUCUCUCACAUUAAAGGAAGCUGAACUUUUAGUACUCAAGAUUCUUAAGCAAGUGAUGGAAGAAAAGCUGGACGAAGACAAUGCUCAGCUAAGCUGUGUAACCAAGGAGCAGGGAUUCCAAGUAUACAGCAACGAGAAAACUGCUGCAAUCAUCAAAGAGUUGAAGGAAAAAGAAGCUCAGCAGAGUUCUGAGAACCCGGACAUAGAAAUGACCACGUAA